AUGUCUGAAACUGCCCCUUUACUUGCCAAGACGCCGUCAUUUCAGCACACUCCUUCCACCCAAGAUGCCCAGCCAGAGGCCUCCUCAGAGACUCGAACACUGCUCUGCGCAUGCAUCCUAACUACCUUGUUCUUCUUUAUCGAACUCAUCGGAGGAUGGUUCGCGGGCUCGCUUGCCAUCAUGUCUGACGCAGCACAUCUACUUUCGGAUCUCGCUGGCUUCGUUAUCUCCUUAUUUGCUGUCUCUGUGUCUCGCCUCCCCGCGAAUGAGCACCUUUCGUUUGGUUUUGCUCGCGCAGAAGUUCUUGGUGCUUUUGUCAGUGUCUUGUUCAUAUGGGCUCUCACAGUCGUUCUUGUCAUAUUCGCAAUUGAGCGUCUCUUAAACCCUGAGCCAGUUAAUGGCCCUUUAAUGCUCUUGCUCGGCGUCAUUGGACUUGUUGUCAACCUUGCUCUUGGUUUAGUCCUCGGUCAUGGCGGGCACGACCAUGGACAUGGCCAUGGGCACGGUCAUACUCACGAUGUCGAAAGUCAUGGGCAAUCGAAUGACCACGGUCACGGCCAUGGCCAUGAUCAUGGCCAUAACCACGACCACGAUCAUGCACACGACGACGAAAACAGUCGGGAAGAUGUUCAUUCCGACUCUUCAUCGAAGAUAGGCAAGAUGUGGAAGAAUCUCAAGACCACUAUUGUCGGCAGCGAUUCCCGCUCUGUCAACAUUCGCGCAGCUUACUUGCAUGUACUUGGUGACGCCCUCCAAAAUGUUGGUGUCAUCAUCGCAGCAGUGGUCAUAACAGUGAAACCACAUUGGUCAUUUAUUGACCCAUUCUGCACUCUGUUGUUCGCUGUGAUUGUCGUCAUGACAACUGCGAGGCUUGCAAAGGAGACACUGCAUGUCCUCAUGGAAGGAACACCGCCAGAGACACAAUUAGCAGACAUUUACGAUAGCUUGCGUAAGCUCAAGGGAGUGAACAGAGUCGGAGACUUGCACGUCUGGUCCAUCUCGCCAAGGAACCCUGCGCUUUCUGUUCAUCUUUACAAGACAGCAGAAGUUACAGGACAUGACAUUUUGAAAUCUGCAGAAAAUGUUCUCGAUUCUCGGUUUGGAAUCUCCCAUGCGACCAUUCAAAUCAAUUGUGAGACAACUGAAUGUUGUGACGAGGAAAAGUUUAUAGCAAAAGGAAAUAAGAAGUACUGUGUCACGUCGGACAGCUUGCAAUCGCCAAAUGGCUCGGAGUAGCAAGAGAGAAUGAGAAACAUGACCGUUGCUCGACUUCAUCGAAGCAUGAGACAAAUCGAGACGAAAUCAACUCGUUGAAAAUUUGUUGUGCACAACUUGUUUGGUAACUGGGGGAAGAUUUAAAUAUGCGGAGCCGUGGCUUCAAACCUGCGAAACUAUGCGCUGGAGUGUCUCAAAUUUCAAAUUGGUCUGGGGACACUAACUGCAACUUAAGAAAAAGAAUUGAGACUGUCCGCUCUUUGAUGAUCUGGACCAUCGCGGGAGUCGAGAAGAAAAAUUCGUUCUUUGAUUGAAGUGCGGAAACGCAGUAGGUUCACAUUUUGUACAUCUAGUUGAUCUCUUGUCGAAGCGGUACCGCUCGGAGAUAGUCUAACUCUUCGCAAAAUCGCUGUACAUUACCGGUCGGUUCGAGGCAUACUUGUCCUGUACAUACAAACGCGCAUACUCGCCCUGUUGCACUU